CCAGCGGGGAGUUGCCGGCAGGUGUCGGGGACCCUGCUCCCCGCUAUGGGCCGCCGGAGAGCAGCGCGCAGGCCGGGGGCCGAAGGCGGCCGCACUCGGUGUCCUGCAGGCCGCUCUCUGGAGGAGUUCGCCGAGGAGGUGGGCGUCGCGCUGCGUGCAUCCGUGGAGUCGGAGUCCGCCGAGGCCAAUGACGGCCGGAGCCCGGUGCGGCUGCCUUGCACGCUAGCCAUGUGGGAGCUGGGCCACUGCGACCCCCGGCGCUGCACCGGCCGGAAGCUGGCCCGCCUGGGCCUGGUGCGCUGCCUGCGCCUGGGCCACAGGUUCGGAGGCCUCGUGCUCAGCCCCAUGGGCUCCCAGUACGUGUCCCCUGCCGACAGACAGCUGGUGGUACAGUCGGGGGUGGCUGUCAUCGACUGCUCCUGGGCCAGACUAGAAGAGACACCCUUUGGGAAGAUGCGAGGGAGUCACUGUAGACUGCUGCCCCACCUUGUGGCCGCCAACCCCGUGAACUAUGGCCGUCCCUGCAAACUGUCCUGUGUGGAGGCUUUUGCCGCCACCUUCUGCAUCCUGGGCUUCUCAGACCUUGCUGUCAUUUUGCUGCGGAAGUUCAAGUGGGGCAAGGCCUUCCUAGACCUGAACCGUCAGCUCCUGGACAAGUAUGCAGCCUGCUGCGGCCCAGAGGAGGUGCUGCAAGCAGAACAGGCAUUCCUGGCCCAUGCCAAGGAGCGCCCCAAAGAAGAGAUCGAUCCCUUUGAUGUGGAUUCAGGACGAGAAUUUGCAAACCCCAACAGGCCCGUGGCUGCCACCUGGCUGCCCAGGGACAAUGGUGACAUUGACAGUGAAGAGGAGUCCGAGGAACUUGGGCCCGAAGCUGAGGAUGGAGGCCGCAGCAACAGCAGCUGCUCAGACGAGGAGGAGACUCUGGAGCAGGGGUUAGAGGCCAGGGCCCCCACCGAGGUUUGGAAAGGAAUCAAGAAACGGCAGAGAGACUGAAGGUUGCACACAUGUAUUUUUCGAGGCAGAGUGAUGAGGAAAUCUAGAGAUGCCAGUGGGACUGGUGGGAACAAAGACAGGCGUGGUAGCCUCGGCAUCUACAAGCAACACUUGACUGUUGGGUUCUCUCCCAAAACUUCUAUCAUAGCCUUGCUCUGGGUCCUGCCUCAGAGUCCCCAAUGAAAUUGCAGACAGGGAGACUG